GUGAUGAAGGAGACAACUUUUAUGUCAUAGAUCAAGGUGAAGUAGAUGUAUUUGUUAAUAACGAGCAUGUUACAACUAUUGGUGAAGGAGGUAGUUUCGGAGAGUUGGCACUCAUCUAUGGUACACCUAGAGCAGCCACUGUAAAGGCUAAAGGAGAUUGCAAGUUAUGGGGUAUCGACAGAGACAGUUAUCGCAGAAUUCUUAUGGGCAGCACUAUCAGAAAGAGGAAGAUGUAUGAAGAAUUCCUUACUAAAGUCUCAAUAUUAGAGAAUCUUGACAAAUGGGAGAGAUUGACUGUUGCUGAUGCUUUAGAACCUGUCCAGUUUGAGGAUGGUCAGGAGAUUGUACGACAGGGUGAACCUGGCGAUGAUUUCUUUAUAAUACUCGAGGGUUCUGCUGCAGUAUUACAGAGGCGAUCAGAUAAUGAGGAACCUGUAGAGGUCGGCAGACUUGGAACUUCAGACUAUUUCGGAGAGAUCGCUCUAUUGCUCGACAGACCUCGUGCUGCCACAGUUAUUUCUCGCGGGCCUCUUAAAUGUGUUAAGCUUGAUCGUAGUAGAUUUGAAAGAGUUCUCGGCCCUUGUGGAGACAUUCUUAAACGAAAUAUAUCUCAAUACAACAGUUACGUGUCAUUAUCCGUGUAAUAGUGACAUAUUGACACAAUAUUUUAGACAUUUGAGCAGCGUUACGACAAAACCAACGUAGUGUGUUUGCGACCAGCAUGGAUCCAGACCAGCCUGCGCAUCCGCGCAGUCUGAC